GUGAUAUGCCAGCAUAUUUCGUAAACUAUUCAUGUUUUGACAUGAAUCUUUCCGAGAAUAUAAAAGCAACUGUAAAAAACUGUUGCUGUAAAGCUGCGCGUGUUACUGAACACUUCGUUUGCUCUCAGUGUGCCAAAAAGUUUAUAGUAGUGCGGUCACCAUUAUUUCAACGGGCGUUUCGACAAAGGAUUAUUCAGAGUUUAAUUCAUAUUUUAGAAUUCUAGUAAUUUUUUCUUGAUCUUUCGUUAAUAUAAUUAACCGUAAUUCAGGCAAUUUUUAGCCCAAAUAAAUAUUUUUUUGUGAAACAAAUAUUUUAUUAUUUCAAACUCGAGUUUGGCUAAUGUGAUAUAGUCAAUGUUGUCCAUUGUCAUAUAGUAUAUCAUAUUAAACAAACAUAAUAUCAUACAACGUAUCUUGUAGGUAAAAGUAAUACUCUUUUUAAAUUAUAGUUUUUCGCAAUGGCGAAGAAAGGGGAAAUUCGUAAGUGGAAUGCAGAAAACAUGAAAAAAGCCAUACAGGCUGUAAGAGCCGAAAAGAUGGGAAUACUUCUGGCAUCGAAAACGUAUGGUGUCCCAUUUGCAACCUUGCAAAGAGCUGCCCGCAGCGAUAAAACAAUCGACGAAAUAUUAGCUAUUCCAUUGGGACGUAGGCCGGUUUUUAACCGAGAUGUUGAAUUAGAGCUGGUAAGAUAUUUGAGAGAAAUGGAGGCAAAGUUUUGUGGGCUCACUCGAAGUGAAGUGCGUUCGCUUGCAUUUCAAUUAGCAAAGCGAAAUAAUAUUGAGAACCCAUUUUCCAUAAUCAGGGAAUGCGCCGGAAAAGAUUGGUUGCGUAGCUUUCUAAAUAGACAUAAAACGGAAAUAAGUUUACGCUCUGCCACAGGUACUUCAAUCGAGAGAAUCAAAGGAUUCAAUGUGGAAAAUGUGAGCAAGUUCUAUAAUUUAUUGGAGCAGGAGUUUGAGAAGCAUAAAUUUUCUGCAACUAGAAUAUGGAAUGUUGAUGAGACAGGAGUGUCUAUCGUGCAAAGUAAGCAGCCAAAAAUUUUAGCAGCAAAAGGCAAAAGGCAAAUUGGUUGCAUGACUUCAGCAGAAAGAGGAUCUCUCAUAACAGUUAUAAGCUGCAUGAGCGCAGGAGGAGCCUUUGUUCCACCAUUUUUCAUUUUUUCAAGAAAAAAUCCAUCUCCGCUUUUAAUGAAACAUGCUCCCCCUGGUUCCGAUUCUGCUUGUCACAUAUCGGGAUGGAUACAAAUACCAAUAUUUACCGCGUGGUUUGAUCACUUUUUGCGAUUCACUAAUCCAUCAAAGGAGAACCCAAUCUUGCUUAUUUUAGAUGGCCACUACAGUCAUACGCGAAAUGUUGAUGUUUUGGAUAAGGCUCGUCAAAAUGGCGUCAUUAUCUUAUCAUUGCCACCUCAUUGUACACACAAAAUGCAACCCUUAGAUAAAGCAUUUAUGGGUCCUCUCAAAACAUAUUACAAUGACGAAAUAAGACGAUUUAUGCGAGAGCAAGGCCGAAAGGUGACACAAUUUGAUGUAGUUGAGCUGUUUUCAAAGGCUUAUCUGAAAGUUCAAACGGCACAGAUAGCAAUUAAUGGGUUCAAAUGCACUGGUAUCUAUCCCUUUGAUAAAAAUAUUUUCCAGGAAAGUGAUUUUAUGGAGCAACGCCAAGAAAAUCCGCUGAAAGAUACUCAACCUAUAGAAGAUAUAUUUUUAGAAGAACCAGUGGCCAGCACAAGUAGGGCAGCGAUGAAAAAUUUCGUCACACCUUGGCAGAUAUCCCCACCACCUAAGCUAAAACUGUCUACCAGCUCCAGAGGCAAACGAUCAGAAUCGACAGUGUUAACAACAUCACCAUAUAAAGCGCUUUUGGAGGAAAGCAUCAGAAAUGUUGAAAAGCGCAAGAAAAAAGGAAAUGUAAAAGACAUACCGCAUUCACGUAAAACCAAAACACAACGGGCAACCAAAACUAGGGAAACUUCUUCGAGCGAGUCGGAAAAAAGCUUGCAUCUUCCCAGUUCAGAUGAGGAAUGUUGGGCGGAAACACCACCUAGUAAGGAUACUGCGUGCGCUUUUUGCAACAAAAACUUUGAGACGGAUAAAGGAAGUAUUGCUUGGGUACCAUGUUUGCUAUGCGACUUAGUUUGGGCACAUAGCAAAUGUCUCCCUAAGCGUCAAGCAAUAUUUGUUUGCGAGUCCUGCCAAACAUUUUAAAAUUAAAAACAGUACACAUUUUUUUGAAUCCUUGAUUGUUUCUAUGUACAUACUUGAAUA